AUGUCAGCAGACUCGCAGAAGGUGUCCGAAGUUCAGGCGGAGAAGCUGUGGGCUGGCUUUCUGGAGCAGAGUGAAGCUGGCGAGCCAAUGCGGCUCCCGACCUUCUGGGCUAUUUGUGAAGCUGUUUUGCGUGGAGAUGCCUGGGCUGCCGAGUUCGCCGCCCUAGCCGAGGAGGAGUAUCGGUCCUUCAGCAACGAGAGUCUCGCGGCGCAAGCUCUGGUGCUUGCAGCCAGGAGAAUCCAAGCUGCACAGCACGGCCGGCAGGCUAGGCUUGAGACGGCCAUGGACUGCAGCCACUUUCGCAGAAGUGCAAUCGAGUCUCAUGUUGAUUUGGUGGCGUGGCAGUUCCGUCAGAACUUCGAGCUUCAAAGUCAAGCUCCGUGUUGCGGCACGACAACCGGCACCGUCUUGGAAAAAGGCCGCUCGGGGCAGGUGGGCCGCCAGGGGACGGCGCUCGAAGGCCGUGCGCUGACCAACAACGGCCUGGACUGCGACGAAACUCCGGAGGCGUAUGCGCUGCGCUUGCGCGAUCGGGUGGCGCCCGCUGUGGCAAAGUGGCUAGCUUCUGCUCCCAGCGCUUGGGUCGCCAGUUUCCAGGAAUUUCCAGCGCACCCACAGCUCCAGCAGGAAUUCCUGGCGGUGCUUCGCCAAACCAGAGCUUCAGUGCAGCUUGCAGUGGGCUCUGGCAAAACCAAGGGUGGGGCCGUCGAGCUGGCAAGCUAUUGCAAUGCGGUGGCAUGGGCUGGUGACAUCUGGACGGAUCCGCCACAAGAGGUCUCCGUCUCUUGUCCUGGCCUGGGCUUAGUGCUCAACGGGGCUGACUGGCGGCUGAGUGUGCUCAGCUUCCACCUGCCCUUCGUGGAUGCACCGGGCGGGCCGAGGUAUGGCGAAAGUCUCCAGGCUGCCAAGGCCUUCUUGCGCCGUCUUGGGGGCUGGCUUGCCGGACCUCUACUGGCAGCUGGGGAUUUCAACACCAACGUCGAGCUGCUGGAGGAUGAAGCACGGAGCGCCGGCGCGGAGCUCGCCCUGAUGCCGAAGUCCGCUGUCUUUCGGGACCAGCAGCUUUCAACAGACGGCUGCGUGCUGCUUGCCAAGCCGGGUGGUGCCGCGGAUGUCGAAACAAUGAGUCAAGUGGAAGGAGUGUACCGCGGUUCCUGCGCGGGGCUGUUUGCCGGCAUGGAUCGCGACGCUUUUGUCAGCAAGUACAUUGCCCAAAGCCUGCACGAAGAGCCCAGACUUUGGCGUUUGAGCCGCGGCCCCGGCGGUUUUAGUUGCCAUUUUUUGCCAACAUAA